AUGGCCGCCACCGACGGCCAGAUCAUAUUGGCCGCCUCCCGCUUCGGCGAUGCCACGCCCGUCUACCUGCGCGACUUCUCCAAGCAGCCGCUGCCGGCGGUGGCCAAGAUCCUCAAGGGCCAGCACCAGGCCCUGGGGGUGCCCACCCUGUCGGCCCCCUCGCUGCAGAGCACCGCCCUCUUCCUGAGCGCCGGCAAGAAGUACCAGAUCCUGGCCCAGCCCAUCAAGAUCAAGGAGGGCCGCAAGCCCACCAACGUGGGCGCCAAGGUGCUCAUCCCGGAGACCUACGGCGGCUACUUCGAGCUCCUCAGCGAGGACGGCCGCUCCACUCGCUGCAUCGACUCCGUGCUGGAGCUCUCGCGGCGCCGCAAUGCCCGGGUCCUGGUGCGCGAAACCUUCCGCUGCCAGCAGAUGAACCGCACCAUCCACGCCGGCGAGCUGCUGACCACCAUGAACGACAACGGGAAGUACCUGCAGUGCCGCAACAUCAAGGACGAGAUCAUCAAUCUGCCACUCGAUACCAAAGCCAAGUUCUCGCCGAUCGCCAGGGAGGACAGCAUCAGCGGUGUGCACACCGUCAAGAAUCUGCUGCUCAAGCGGAUGCCAGUCAUCGUGAGACUCGUCCACGGCAGUGCGCCCAAGGGCCUGAAGCAGCCCUUUGUGCCCGAGCUGCGACUUCUCGGCUGCGUGGAGAUCGACAGGAUCUUCGCCCUGCCGCUGCAGAAGGACACGGACCUGGUGCCGGUGCCGCUGAACGCCAAGAUCAAGCUGCAGCGGGCCAAGAACAUGGAGCAGCUGGAGCACUUCAUCGAGUACUCGCGAUUCCUGGACAAGGCGCAGCGGCUGCUGGCCGAUGCACGCGAUCGCCUGCAGAUCGUCGAUCUCAAGCUGAGCGAGAAGGAGAAGAAGGACUCCAAGUUCAACAGCCGCAACGGGGGCAGGCUGCCGGUGGUGAUGCUGCCGUCGGCGGCCGGGAUGGCCAGUGGACUGGCGGAAAGCGGGUAUGUGCUGCGCAAGAGUGCCAGCUGCGACUCGUGGUCCAAGCAGCAGCAGCUGGCCCUGAGCAGCAGCGAGAUCGCCGAGGAGUACAACGAGAUCGAUCAUAUAUACGACUAUGUGAGGGGCCUGACGCCGCUGUCGAAGGGCUUGGCCCGCUUUGAGCCCAUCUGCGAGUCCCCCACGCUGCGGUCGCACCACACGGACAGCGGCAGCGGCAACUACUGCAGUCUCAUCCGGGCUCCCGCUCACCAACAGGCCUCCACCUCCGGCAACAACAACUACAGCAGCCUGGAGUCCAACAAGCACAGCAGUAGCGGCGGGGGCGGGGGCGGGGGCGGUGGCCACCAUCCCAGUCACCACCAUCACCAUCAACACCACCUGGUGAACCAUUAUCACCACGGCCAUAUUCAGGAGGACAUCAAGCCGGUGCCGCCGCCCAUCGAAACGAUUCCGGGCAAGAAGCCGGCGGAGAAGCGCCAGCGUCCCACUCUACCAAAGCUUUACAUCAAGAACGCCCACAGUGCUGGGAGCAGCAGCAACGGCAACUCCACGGGCACCACCCACAGCACCAGUCACAGUCACAGUCACAGCCACAGCCAUAGUCACAGCCACGCCCACAGUAACAGUCACGGUCAUGCGCAGGCGCAGCAGCAGCCGCCGACUCCCAAUGGGAACACGGCCAAUGCGGUGGCCAAUGCGGCGGCUGCUGCGGUGGCCGCUGCCCAUCACGGUUCCCACGGUUCGCACGGCUCACAUCCGCAUCCGCACACGCAUCCGCAUCCGCAUCCCCAUCCGCACGCCAGUGUGCACGCACAUCCGCAUCCCCAUCACGGCAAGGUGCUGACGCCCAACAACCAUCUGCCGAGCAAGGAGGCCCUGGAGCCACAGUCGCCGCUAUUUCACAUCAGGUACAAGAGUCUCAGCAGCCUGCAGCUAACGCCGGACAAUAACAACUGCUCCUCCGUGACGCCGCCGACGAUCUCAGCCCACGGCAAGUCAUCAGUAGCCGGCGGUGGACCGGGACCAGGAGCAACUGCGUCGGGAGCACCGGCCACGCCGGGCACUCCGCCGGAUGUGGUGCUCAAGUGCGGCAGCAUCCUCAACGUGCACGGCUACCUGUCCAGCCCGCAUCCCCUGCCAUUGCCACUGCCCCACAGCCGGAGCUCCAGCAGCAACAACCACCACAAUCCGCGGGAGGGCACACUGGACUCGUCCCGCAGCGGAGGCCGGACUUCGGGCGACUCGAACAAGCUGCCCGAGAAGAAGACGCGCCGCCUGUCCCGGCCCAGAAGUCUGUCCAACCUGGUCUGGGAUCUGCGUCCGUCCAAGGAGAAGUCGAAGAAGAAGCUCUACAUCCAUCACUUCGAUCAGCGGCAGCAGGCGACGCUGUAUCUGUAGAAUGGUGGCAUGGAUGUAUCUCCAGGAUGACGACGAGGAAGAAGCAGCACGAUGAUGAUGAUUAUGAUGAUGUUGAUGAUGAUGUUGAUGAUGAUGUUGAUGAUGAUUCGUUGCCAACUCGUUUCUAGCUGCCAUCGACCCCCACAAAACAGAAACAGAAACAGAAAAAGUAAAAUAAAA